AUGGAAAACAUAUCAUCUUCAGACGGUGAUUCUCUAGCUCAGUCUCAAGGCGCAGCCUAUCCCUGGGUCCUCGAGCAUCUCUUGACAUAUCCGGGCACCUAUGAGAUUCCCUUACGAACCAUGUACACUCUCAAUGCCACCACUCAAAACCCCCAGCAACAUUCUCCUCUGGCCAUAUCUCCCACAGUCCCGGGGAAUGCAUUCCCCCGCACUCCAAAUGCCCCAGUUGACGAGCAGCAGUCCAUGACGACCGUCACCGCGGCUGCUCAACUUCGAGCGAAUCUCAUGGCACAUAUCUCCCAACUACCCUCUCAACCUACCUCACUCCCUCCUAGCUUCAUCACCAGCUUUGUCCGUCGCUGCUUCCCUCCUGAACUGGACCAAGUCGAUUUCCCCCAGGCCCUGACUGCAAUGGAUUACUUGAAGGAUCUGGAGAUUCGAAGACGGCGAGAGGUGGUUGCGGCCCUGGAUAAACUCGGAAUCGACCGAGAUGAUAUCUCGAGCCAAAACAAAAUCGCCCAAAAAUAUCCUCUGGUACUCACUUGGGUGUCGGAUAUUGAAGACAAGGAGCGCAAGGUUGAGGCUCUCUAUACUCAGGUCUAUAUCGGCCUGAGACGGUGGACAUUGAUCAACGAACUCUCCUUGACCCCCUUCAACAAGUCCAACUGUAUUGCCAUGCUCAACACUCUGUACCCCCCAGUGAUCAACUCGACCCAGUUUGUUCAACCGACUGCUCAAUUGACUCCUCAACUUCUAUCCACCCAACGUUCGCAAUUCUUUCGCUACAUUACCGCCGUCGAAAAAACCGGUACCUCUGUCUUGAGCAACCUCAUCAAUCAGAACAAGAGAUCUGGAGAGACCAACGGCUGGGCCUACUUACGGGAAACCUUGGAUAGCUAUGUGCGAAUGGCCAACAAUGUCAUUGAUGAGUGUAAUGACAUCACUGGACGUGGCCUGUCCCCCACUGCCUCGUCCUUUAGCUCGGUACUCGAGUACGACAGCGAAGGUCGUCGGAAGUUUGAUUCGGCCAUCUCUUUCGGCUCGGGUAACUCAUCCAAUCGCAACUCUGGUCAAAGUCAUGCUACACGGCCCAGUACCAGCAGUAGCUUCAGUGUUGAAAGUCAAGGCAAGGGCCACAGCCGUCAAGUAUCGAGGGAUAACCCCAUGUUAAACAAGCCUUUACCUCCACCCAAGGAUGAUGAUGUCACGACGACACCCAAGGCAGGAUCCACCUUGGAGCGAAUUGCCCGCGAGUUGCGCAAGAUCAAGAGCCGCAAUACUAUCAAAGACGAACUACAACGACCCAGAACGGCGUCGGUACCAGCCUCUACAACCUUGAUGGAUAUAUCAGAACCCCUGCCUACUACGACACCUUCGAAGGAUCGAGGGCUCAAAAUGAAACGCAGUAUCCGCAGAAUGAGAUCAAAUACCAACGUGUUGGACUCCGUACGGACAGGCAACCGAACUGACGAAGCGGCGGUGCCUAUAGCCCCGGACUAUGAUCCGACAUUAAUGAGGAAGCGCCGAGAUGAGUGGGAAGCACAUCAGAGGUCGACGAGCAAAAACACCAUUGAAUCGGAGUUAAUUUGA